AUGUCAACUACACCAAGCUCAAUACCAAAGGCCACCGAGAAUCGUGUGUUUAAAAGGAUAGACGAGUCUGACGUCUAUGUAUCGUACCCGAAUGAUGCAUCGAAAGGAGACGAUGCUGGUCGAGGGCAGGCUAAAGCACCCCCGGUGAUACUUGUAUUUGGGUGGAUGGAUGCCCAGUUGCCGCAUCUGUAUAAAUACACCGAACAGUACAAUAAGAUAUAUCCUGGCGCCACUCAAAUCCUCGUUCGCGCACAUCAGAGCUUCUUCUGGAAGGGAGAGGCCGCAAAUAGAGCGUCGGUAUUUCCUGCAAUCAAACUCCUAAGAGAUGCAGGAAUCAACGAGCAUACAGCGGCAGAAAAAUCGGGUUUGUUGGUCCAUACCUUCUCGAAUGGCGGGGCACUCGCACAAACGUCGUUAGCACGGAUCAUCGCCAAGUCGCUUCCGCCGGAUGCGACGACAUCUGCCUUGCCUGCCCAGGCUUUUAUAUACGACUCUUUGCCCGGCAUACUUGAUCUCCGUAUCACGAUCUUGGCAUUUACUGCACCAAUUAGGUCUCCGAUCUUUCGGUCGCUUGCCAAAGUUGCUUUUGGUGCGAUCUACGUCAUCGGAACCGUCUGGAGGAAUACCAUCGGUCACCUUCUGGGUCAAGAGGAUGCCUUCACCCGAUUGCACCGGGAACUCAACGAACCAAGGUUACUACCUCAGCACGUACCACGAACAUACAUAUAUUCAGAUGUUGACGAUAUCAUACCAAGUGAAAGCGUAGAAGGGCAUGCGAAGAAAGCAAGAGAACUUAUUGGAGGGAAUGCCGGGGCUGAGUUAGUGAGACUUGCAAAAUUCGAGGGCAGUAUGCAUGUAUCACAUGCAAGGAAAGAUGGGAAGAGAUAUUGGGAAGAGGUGAAAAGGACCUGGGAGGCAUCAUAUCAGUAA